CACGCUCGUCCCCUUCCUGUGCCCAGCUUGUGGCCACCCUGCCCCCACCAGGUGCCACCUACGCACGAGGGCGAGACCUGACCUCGCUUCCUUCCCCUUCAUCCGAAGAGCCGCCAGCCAGGGCAGCGGUGGCCACAGCAGCGAGUGACAGCCAGUGCACAUGGCUGGGGACACUGGGAUGGCCGGGAAGGUGGCACUGCUCCUGUGGGCCCAGACCCUCGGCCUCGCUGGUGCCCAGACCACCCAGAUCCUCCUGGAGCCCCCCUGGAGGCCGCCGGUGCUGUGGGACCAGGUGACACUGACCUGCCAGGGCUCAGGGACCGCCGGUGCCACCACCUGGUACAAGGACGGGCAGCCAUUGGGACAGGAGGGACGUGACAGCAUCACUGUCACCAAGAAGGGGACAUACGAGUGUGACAGACCUGGAACCGGGCGCAGCCCCCCCAUGAGAGUCUUAGAUGACAAUCUGGUGCUGCAGGUGCCGGCACAGGUGCUGCUGGAGGGGGACACGGUGACACUGCGCUGCCGGGCCUGGCAGAACAACACUGUCACCUCGGUGUCCUUCUACCGCAAGGAGACAAAACUGGAGGGGUCCCGCGAUGGCACCGAGCUGUCCCUGCACCCUCUGCAGCUGAGCCACAGUGGCAGCUACAGCUGCGAGGGCCGAGUGAGCAAUGUGGUGUCCUGGUGGAGCGUGUCGGAGCUGGUGACAAUGACAGUGUGCAGGUUCCCGCCCUCAGGGGUGUCCCUGUCAGCGCAGCCCCCUGGGGGACAGGUGGCACUUGGGGACAGCCUGGUGCUGAGCUGUGAGGUGGCCACGGGCACAUGCUCCCUGUCCUUCUCCUGGCACCGGGAGGGCUCAGGGGCACUGCUGGGCACCGGCCCCCGCCUGGAACUGCAGCACGUUGGGGACAAUGACAGCGGCCAGUACCGGUGCCGGGUCAGCGACGGGGACAGCGUGGCUGAGAGUGACCCCCUGAAAGUCACCGUCCUGGUGCCCGUGGCCAAUGCCACCAUCACCCCCGGUCCCCUGGCACACCAGGUGCGCCCAGGUGACAACGUCACCCUGCACUGCUCAGUGCAGGUGGGCUCAGCCCCUGUCACCUUCACCUGGCUGCACAACGGGCAGGAGGUGGCCCGGGGUCCCCUCCUGGAGCUCAGGGACAUCGAUGUGGGACAUUCGGGCACCUACCAGUGCGUGGCCACCAACCAGCUGGGACAGGACGGGCACCGCGUGUUCCGGGCACUCAGCCCUGAGCUGGAACUGGAUGUGACACCUGGCUCACCCUGGGUCACAGUGGCCGCAGGGGUCGGUGGGGCCCUUUUGUUCCUGCUCCUGCUCGUGGGUGUCAUUGUGGCCUGGCACUGGUGGCACCGCCUGGAUGCCAGGAAGCACCAGCAAAGGGCACCCCCAGAGCCCCUGGCACCCUCACUGGAGGAUCCUCAGGCGACGUACAUGGAGCUGCAAUGGCAACCGUGGGAACCCAGGGACAUCUAUGACAACCUACACCAGAAGUUGUGAUGCUCUGGGAAGCGGGAGGCACUGGGUGACACUGGGGGUGCUCCCUCCAUGGCUCCUGUGCUUGCCCAUCCUUCCAAGGGAGGUGGUCAUGGGUCAGGGGGAGGCUACACAGGGCACCCUCUGCUCCCCAUUUCCUCUCCCACUACCCCCAAGGGCUCCCCCAUCCCUUUGCUCGUACCUGCAGGGCCUCCCCAGCCCCAUCCCAGUGCCCAAGUACCCUCAGUGACUGCCCCAUUCUCUCCCCACAGUGCUUGCAGUACAGCCAGGGCUUCCCCAUUCCCCCUCCCACUACCCCUGUCCCAUCCCGCUGUAAAAGGGGGAGUUGGGGAGGAUUCCUUCUGAAAGGUUUCUCAGAUGAAAAUGAAGCACAAACAUGGCUAUAUUA